CCCCGCCCGGGGGAAUCGAAGGCUUGAUAUCCCGAUCGCUGAUCGGAGCCCUUGAUUGCCGUCAAACGUAGCCAUGGCGGUUGUUGGCUCUUCAAGGGUCAUCAGGAGGAUCAUGAUCCUUGCGCUGUUGCCGUUGACUGUAAUCACGUGCUCAUUAGCGUUGACGUCAUCAUCAUCAGAACAGCCUGUCCGGUUGGCCCGGAGAAUGUCGGAUUUGCCUGUGGGUCCUGUGCUCUGCCACGGACCUGUCGACAGGGAUUUGCGCCACGUGGCACGGCAUCAAGAGAGGGACCGAGUUGAAACGCAGCAGAGGUCGAUGAUGAGUCAAACCACUGUUCGGGUAAUCGACAGCAAUUUUCUGACGGUUAAAGCUGAGUAUGAGGUCAGUUUCACUCACCCCCAGAACUUCACCCCCUUGGCAAUGAUGAGCGAUGGGAUCGCAGACUUGGCCUUAUCUCCCAAGGAUAAGGCACUGUUCAUUCUACAGGAUAACGCGGUUUUGAGGAUGAGCACGAACCAGACGUCGGGCGCUAGAGAGAACGCGACUUUCGUGGCGGGAUUGCCGAGUACCGGAUUCAAUUUUGGCCAUGCGCUGGCGCUGGAAGAUCGUGACGUGGAAGGCGGAGAAGCAGAAGCAGGAGGGCUCGCCAAUGGCGACACGUGGCCGACAAGAAUACUGCACGUGGCGGAUAAUGAGGAGAUACUCCGUGCAUUUUCCGUUGACUACAACGGAAGCUCGCUGACCCAUCGGCAGCUAUAUUCUCUCAAUUACACCACUAUAACGGGCGGUCGUGUUAUCACCAGCAUGGCGAUCGACUCCCCUCGGAGAAUGCUGUACGCCUCUGCAGGCUCGGCAAUUUACCGCGCCAACUUGACUUACACCCCAGGGGGAGGGGGAGGGGGAGGGGGAGGGGAAGCGGGAGGGGAAGCGGGAGCAUACUCAACUCUAGAGCACUGGAUUGGUGCUAAGGAGUUCAAUUCUAGCGCCGCGGACAAUUUCGUAGACAGUGACGACCCCCUUCAAGUGCGAUUCGGUUUUGCCAGCUUGCACGCGUCCGGCUUCUCCCCCGAUGGAGAAACCCUUUACUUCGUUGAUUCAACCAACGCGAGUGUGCUCCGGAUGCGAACGAGCACAGGCGCCGUGGAUCGCAUAGUCGAAGAUGCGCCGGUUUCACGCCCCCGGCACGUGGCAGUCACGCAGGACGGCUGCCAUUUGUUCGUCUUGGAAGGUGGGGGUACGGCGCCUGCCGGGCUCGGACUCAUUACCUUAGAUUCCACGGGGGGGGGAGAGGAUGGGAGCGAAGUUCAACCCGGGAUAGUGGCACUGGGAGGAUAUGCCAGGCAGAGAAGGCAUUUCCCGUUGGCCAUUUCUCCAGAGAGUGAUGUGUUGUACGUCGCUGUGUUGUCGGAGAUUGUAGAGCUGAAGAUUAACAAAUCGCCUCUGCGUCCUUGUGCCGUGAUAGCUCCGCCGCCGUCGACGUUCCCGCCCGUUCUGCUCGUGUCCUCCUCGCGGAGCUCCGUGCGUACAAUCGUCAUCGCAAGCGUAGGGGUGGUGGUGCUGCUGCUGCUUGUAGCCUUAUGCGUGGUGGUUUUCGUCGUUAUCCCACGGCGAAGAGGACGAUUCGCAGACAAUCAGGGGUCCGUUCGGCUGAUAGCUGAUCCCGAGUAUAUGGAGGGGUCGGUGGAGGCGGGAAAACCACCCUUGAUCCUGCGGCCGACUUGGGGGUUGAAGAGGUAUUCACUGGAGGAGAUCAGCAGAGCGUGCGAGGGUUUCAGCCAGGAGCGUCUGGUGGGAAAGGGAGGUGCUGCGGAGGUGUACAAGGGAGUGCUCGGCGAUGGCCAGGUGGUGGCCGUCAAGAUGAUGAAGGGUGCGGAGUUCUUGAAGGCGACGAGGUUCCGCCAGUUCCAAGCCGAGAUGGACGUGCUCGGAUCACUCCGCCAUAGCCAGAUCUGUUCCAUUGUGGGAUACUGUGCGGAGAAGGGGAAGUCGUUUCUCGUCUACCCGUUCGUGGAGGGAGGAACGCUCCACGACCGCCUGCGAUCACAUGGGUGCGCCAAUAGUAGGGGGCAAGCUGUCGACGUGCCAAAGGACACCAUCCCCCCCGAUGAUGGUGGCAGCACUCUCCCCCGCCAGAAGCCGACCCUGGACUGGAAGACCCGGCUGUCCGUCGCUCGGCAAAUCGCAAGUGCUCUGCGAUACCUGCACCACCAGGUGGAUCCUCCCGUCGUGCAUCGGGAUCUGAAAACCACGAACGUGUUGCUGGAGGACCACGGCGAGGGAGAUCGGACGUCAGUCAGGGCUUACCUGUCCGACUUCGGGCUGGCGAAGGUCGGGCAGAGCGUUUUCGGCGCGCAGCCGGCGGGGGAAACAGUGGAGACGUUCCACGUGGCGGGAACCAGAGGGUACAUGGCGCCGGAGUACUACAGCUCGUGCAGGCUGACGGCCAAGAACGACGUGUACGCGUUCGGAGUGCUGCUGCUGGAGCUAAUCACCGGUCGGCCGGCGUUCAUGUCUGGCUCUCGCCAACAGGCUGAGCAGGGGAAGAAGGAGGAGGAGGAGAACGAGAGGGAGGGGAAAGAGCAGGAGAGUAAAUCGACGGAGUCGUCGGACUUCCAGGACUCGGUGGAGGAGGAGGAGGGGGGGAAGGGGGUGAAGGACUGGGAGUCAGCUCCCCAAACUCUGGCACGCUGGGCAAAGCGAAAACUCCGGGCGAUGGAAGGCAUCAAUCUAGAGGAUGAAGACGACGACGAUAAGCCGCUAAGAACGUCGACAGCAAGCGCGACAGUCAUCCGUAGCACGGGUAUGAAAGCUGCCAUCAUGCAAAUUGACAGGAUCCGAGAGAUUGCAGAUCCACGGCUGGUAACCCUCGGCCCCGUGGACUGGAGUAGCGUUCGCGAGAUGACGGAGCUUGCAAUGGAGUGUAUUUUAACCGAUCCCAGAAGGCGACCGCAGAUUGGGGUUGUUCUGAAUAGACUGGUUCAAUUAGAGCAGUCGAUAUGCUCACGCGAGCUGGAGACAGGUUGAAAACCCACUUUUUUUUUUUUUUUUUUUUUUUUUUAAGAUUGAACUCACUCAUGUCAAGUUUGAG